CGUAACUUUCCCACUCCGGAAAACACCGAAAUGCCCAUUGAAAUUGAACAGAGCCCUGUUCGAUCUGAUAUCUUUCUCAGUGAGCUCCACCCAGUCGGCUGUGAAGUUACUUGUUUACCAAGGAGUGGAAAAGGAUCUAGUGUUCCAGCUAAGUCAGCAGAAGAGCUCCAGCCAGUUUUGCAAUCAGUCCGCUUUCCAGACCGCCCGUCUUCUAUCUACUGCACUCGUUAAUCAUAAAUCUUCAAGCAAAUGUUGGACUUUUGACUCGAAAAAUUAUCGAGUAAUCUUCAAUGUCUAGAAACAAACAGCUUCGCCGUCCCUAAUUUUUGCGGCUGGCCGUGCUGUCUAUUCAUUCCAAUCAUCAUGAAGCUUAAUAUCCUGCUAAAGGUACAAGAAGAGCUACAAGGGUGGAAGGCUGGAAAAUCAGCAGUGGACACAUUUAUAAAGAGUCUGAUCAUUCUGUGCACAACUAUUACAAUUGUUCUGACAUCCAUCUCUGUGUGCUCAGGUUUUUGGCUGUUUGCAGACAGGAAACUAUUUGGACUCUGGCAUUUUUGCACUGUAGAGUAUGACCAUAAACCUCAAUGUACAACAGAUUUAAGUGUUGCUGAGAUUAAUGGAUUAUAUGCAGCUCUUGUUUUCACAAGGAUUGUCAUCACGUGUGCUGCUGUGCUUGCAAUGUUUGGCUUGGAGAUGCUGAUCACCUCUCAGAUUUGUCAAGAUACCUAUUCCAGGCGCAAGUGGGCAUAUGGCUCGGGGCUGAUUCUCCUGGCUUUCUUCAUGACAUCUGUUGGCGUGCUGGUCUUUGCCAUUCAUUUGUGGACCUUUAUUACAUUCACAGGCAUCAGUUUAGGUUAUUGGUGUGCGUUCAUCUCAUCUUUUCUUUUCUUCAUCAAUGGCAUUAGUGGUCUUCACAUGUACAGCAUCACAACCCCAGCAAGUUCAGCAGACAAAUGAAUUAUUUUGUUUGCUUGAUGCUUUUUCUUACAAGUGCCUCAUUUACAAAAGUUUGUUUGGUCUCUGAGUGUGUAUCUGUGAAGUGAGAGUAUUCCAGGUCUUUCUCACUUCUGAGCGUUGCUAUUAUUAAUUAUUUUUGCAUACUCAAUAAAACUACACUUGCUCUGCAAUUUUCCUAUUUUCAAUUAGGAUAAAAAAAUUCAACAAUCUUCAUGCAGAAAUCAGGCAACAAAUCAUAGUACCAAAAUAUAUGUGCUAAUUUGCAAUUUGGAGAAUAACCCCAGCUUGUGUUUAUAACUUCAUUAUCUCUAAAAAUAUUGUGGUGAUAUUACAAUAAUCAUUUUACUAAUUGUGCUGAAGGUAGGUGAACUAUGUUAGUGAAGGGAUAGGCAGAUAGGUGAGAAGAUUAUUGCCUUAAUAUUUAACAAAAUUUAAAAGCUUCGAAAAUUCUGAUCAUUUAUUUUAAAAGAAAUUAAAAAUUGCAUCUUUUAUAGGAUUUGAAAAUUGCAAUACUUAUGAAUUUAGUAGCACUUUAGCUUACGGCACUCUGUAUUUUAACUUCUUGGGAUUUGGAUUUCAGUCCAAUUCAGACUUUUGGAUACUGUCACCUGUGCUUGUACUGCAAAGGUUCUGAGUAAAAUGAAUGUAGAAGGUCGUAAACCAAUUAUAUCGGGACUAGGCUUAUAUCAUAAAGCUGUCUGCUAGUUGACAUUAAAUUGGCUGACUCGCAGAGAUGUUCUGAGCAUGACUGUUGAGAGAAUUAGGAUAAUGAAUGUAGAGAUAAUGCAAGUGCUCUUCCAGAAUUGUGUUGAGGUGUAUUUUUUAGAAUUAAUUAGAGGAAACAUUGCCAUGCAGCUCACUCAAAUUUCUUCACAUAUACCUGAUACUAAUACUGAACAUAUUGUCUGAAGGGAACUUCUGUUGGUGGGCAACAGUAAAAAUUCAGAUAUGAUUGGAAAAUUAAGGUGGGCAGCCAAUGCCUGAAUUUUUCACAUGUUCUGCCACAAAAAGAGCAGGGUAAGCAAUUAAACUUGCUCCACUGAUGCCUAAUAUGAGCAAAACCAAAUGGUUACAGUAAUUUCAGAAAUAAACGAUGCCCAAGAUUCAUUAGGAUAGGUGACAAAUGCUGGCCUUUCCAGAUGGAACACACAUUCCAUGAAAGACAGAAAGAAAACUCAGGAACAGAGUUCAAACACUGAGUUAGUAAACACUGCUGUUGUUGAACUUGAAUGAUUGUGGAUAUGGAGCCAAUCAAGUAGGCUGCUUUGACCUGGAUGGUGUUAGCUUCCUGAAUGUUGUUGGAGCUGCACUCAGCUAGCUAAAUGGGGGGUAUUUCAUUCACUCCUGACUUCUGCCUUGCAGAUGAUGGAUGGUAUCAGGAGAUCAAUCACUCACUGCAGGAUUUCUAGCCUCUGACCUGCUCUUUUAGCCACAGUAUUUAUAGAGCUAAACCAGUUCAGUUUACGGUCAGUGGUGACUGCCAGCAUGUUGAUUGCAGGAGAAUCAGCAAUGCCAUUGAAUAUCAAGGGGCAAGUGCUGGGUUCUCACUUAUUGGAAAGAUGGCCAUUGUCUGGUACUUGAUGGGAAUGAAUGUUACUUGCCAUUGGAUGUUGCCCAGCUCUUGCUGCAUUUGUAUAUGGAUAGCUUCAGUAUCUGAGGAGCCACAAAUUGAGCUGAACAUUGCACAAUUAUCAGUGAACAUCCCCACUUCUAACCUGUGGGGGAGAGAAGAUCAACGUGCUUUAUGAUUUAUCGAAUGCACGUUUAACAGGCGCUGCAACUAUAAACUAAGCCAUUAUUGUUACACAUAAAGCAGAAUGAUACUUCUUUCCCCCAUCCUCUCCUGGAAGAUAAAACAGAAGGUGCUGGAGAAACUUAGCAGGUCUGAUAGCAUCCGUGAGAGAGAAAUGUCUAACAUUUUGAGCCUAAUGACUCCUCUUUGGAACAGUUCUGAAGUUCCAAAGAAGAACCAUGAAACAUUAACUCUGUUUUUCUCUCUCAAUAAAUACUGCCAAACCUGCUGAGUUUCUCCAGCACCUUCCGUUUUCAUUUGAGAUCUUCAGUAUCCACAGUAUUUGCUCUUCUGCGGAGUUUUGGUUUAGUAAUAAGUACUGAAAGACCAGUGCAUGGAGAAUGGAGAGAAAAAUCUUUUAUAAACAUUACAAUUAGCAACAGGUGACUACAAGGUAUAAGUUACACUAACUAGUUUAUGCAAUAACCAAGAAUCAAACAAUUCACAUGGAAAAACCAUCACAAGAAGUUUCAGUUUUGCACGUGAAAAAUGGUUAACAAUACCAAAUGGUCACUUUCAAGAAUUUACUAUAAUACUGUACUUAACAAAUAAAACGCUGAUGAAGGAGCUGCGCUCCAAAAGCUUGUGAUUUCAAAUAAACCUGUUGAACAAUC